CGGGGAUUGCGUAAGAGGUUGUUGCGGCGAAGUCGUGGCGUACAAUGAAAAAUAUGAAAGCUAGCGAGGAAGAACGUUAUUACAGCAAUCGCUGCGUUACGCGGUCUCAAUUGAAAAAUCAGUGAGGCACAUUUUACGGACAACGUCUCCGGUUGUCAAGAGGACAAAGGCGGCGGGAACGCAGCGCAGAAACUUCUAGAUAAGCCUGCGUUCAGAGAGACUAUGGACUGCGGAGUUUUCUCAGCUGCCUUUAAAGAGCAGCUGGCAGCCACGAUUGAGCGUGAGGUGAGGGCCACUUCAAGAGCAGUGCUUAUUAAAUUUUGUGACUUGAUGGACGGAGGGUUUUCCGUUUUACAAGCGCAAGUACAGAAACUUCAGGGUAAGUUACUGAAAACCGGAACAGAGGUAGAAAACUACCUCGCCUUCAUCAUCGAGGAGACGGUGUUGCUAGCCGUUGAGGUGAUUGUGACCGAAUUUACGGAUCAUGUCGAGCAGACAUUUUCGUAUUACCAGCGCAAGUUCGCCUUGAAGGAAAAGGAAAUCGACACACUGAAGCUACAACUGGAGAGCCAACAACGCCAGUGCUGUGCCGAGAGGGACAUUCUCGGCUCUACGUGCGAGAAUGUCGGUACGUGCGAUGGGGCAGGAAAAAAAGAUAAGAAAGAUUGCACUAUAUUUGAAGAUCCACCAAUCUAUAUGAAGAUGGUAAACACAAAAGAUGUCGUUACACCUAUCCUGAAAACUCAAGAACUAGAAUGUUUUCAAGAUGUAAGGGGAGACAGUCAUGAAAGUCCCAAAAACACUACUACCAAGGACCUUAACACAGAUGAUGGUAUGAAUGCUGGUGACAGUACAGAACUACCAUUUGUCAAUAUUAAAGAGGAAGCCAGUGAGAUGGGAUUUAUUAAUAUUAAACAGGAAGUUAUCGACCAGGAUAUACAUUAUCAUAAAGUGGAGAUUUGUGACCAGUCAUUACUUAAUAUAAAGGAAGAAUUUUGUGACUUGGAUGUUAUUUGCAUUAAAGAGGAGGUUUUUGACAAUGACCCUGCUCACCUUAAAAUGGAGGUAUUUGAAGAGGGAUAUGCAAGCAAAGAUGCAGAGCAGAACAGAUCUGAGUGUAUGCAGUGGACCAGGCAAAUUGACCACAGCUCUGAUCUAAAAGAGCAAAUCUAUACAGUGCAAGAGAGUGACUUCUCACUCUGUCCAGCCGACCAUAACUUUUCACAAGAAGAGCUGCACAACAAAAUGAAUGAGACUCCUGUAGAAUGUGAAAAUGUGAAAAAGAAAAUGACUCUGAAUGGGACAUACUCUUCAUUACAAUGCGGGGCAGAAGCUUUAUGGAAGACAACUAGAGCAGAUAGCUCUGAUGUUACACAGGAAAUCCCAACAGCGGCUGAUCUAAAUCAGUGCAAUGUGUGUAAUAAGAUGUUCAAAAAUAAAUGGAUUUUUCAGUUGCACCAGAGGAUUCACACUGGAGAGGAACCAUAUUUUUGUAGUGAUUGUGGAAAGACUUUCAAAAAGAAGCGACUUUUUCUUCAUCAUCAGAAAAUCCACCUGAGGCAAAAACCAUAUUCUUGUACAGACUGUGAGAAACGUUUCUCGACAAAAGAUGACCUUCAAAAGCACAAGAAAACUCACAGUAGAAGAAAUUCAUAUUACUGUAGUCAAUGUGGGAAGUGUUUCUCAGACAAGUGUAGCCUGCAAGAGCACCAGAAAAUUCAUAAUGGAAAAAAACCAUAUUGUUGCUCUGAAUGUGGGAAAAGUUUUGUUCGUAAUUGUGAUCUUCAAAAGCACCUAAAGGUUCAUUUGGGACAAAAGCCGUAUUGUUGUAAAGUGUGCACGAUGAGUUUCUCAGAUGAACAUUGUUUUCAGAAGCAUCAAACACUUCACAUUGCAGACAAGCCAUAUUGUACUUUGUGUAAGAAAACCUUCUCUAAUUUAUAUUACCUUCAGCUCCAUCAAGUGCUUCACACUGGAGAGAAGCCAUUUUGUUGCACUGAAUGUGGAAAGAAAUUCUCGUUGAAGACUAGCUUUAUUAGACACCAGAAAAUUCACAUGUAGAAAAUAAUUUGUAGAAAUGCAGGAUGCAGUUUGUUUACGUAGCCUCUGUGACUUAUUAAAAAAUUGAUGUCACACACUGGGGAAGAAAGCAAUUUCCAUAUUAAAUGCUUCUGUAUACACAAGUGAACAGAUAUGACAAAUUUAUUAUAUUUUAUUUUUUAGAAAAGUGUUGGAAGUUUAAGUUGCUCAACUUGCUUAUGGUUCUGUAAGCCAGCAGUUAGAUUAAGGAAAUAUAAAAUUAAGUAGCAUAAGCUAAACAACCACUUAAUGUGAAGAAAUGUUUAUACCUCUGAUUGGAUAUCCGGCUAGUUCUUCCCGGUUUGUUGUUCCACUUUGUUUUGUUUUUAUUUUCAGGUUUAUUCCAGUUCCAGCCUUUACGCACUCUUGGCUUGCUUCUCACAAUUCUGUAAUUUAGAGGGCGAGUUGAACCAAUUCAUAAUUUGCUUGAGUGUCUGUGCCUGUUUGUAAUUUCUAUAUAUUUGGAUCACAGGAUAAUGUACAUUUGAUGGUAUUAUUGGUGGCGAUUCCAGUCAUGUAGACAAUACUGCCAAGAGUGUUUUGGCUGCCUGUUGUCCUGACCAUGAAACACUGGUGUAGGAAAUCAUUGGAUGGAUAGACCUAUCUAAAGGUAAUUCUGUCAACCUUGUAGGUAGGUUCCAAAGAAUUUAAAGGGUGAAAGAUUGCAAUGAAACUGAAUACAUGUUCGUGUUUUUUUUAUCAUAAACACCGCUUUACAUCUGCCAAAAAACAAAUUUAUGAAUACCACAGCUGUUAAUUUCCUAAUUAUUAAACGCACUUUACAUAAUAAUAAUACAUUUGAUUUUUAUAAUACUGUCUUUCACAUGCUCAAGGCACUUGUAAAGCAAGGUACACACAUGUUGGCAGUUAAAGUGUAAGUGGUUAGGUGGCAUGUUCAGGUUUAAAAGAUGGUGCUUUCUCAGUCUGAGCACGAGUCUUCUGCUGAUACAGCAGUGUGUGGUGACUGUUUUGGUCCUCAUUUGCUUUAUGUUCUAGCAAGAAUGGUCUCUUAUUUCUACACUUUUCUUGACUGGGAAUGCAAAUACGAUAUAUUUGGACUUUGUGGUUGGAUACUUGAGAGUGAAAUCCAUUUCUGGCUCUUCUCCAUUAACAUAUUCUUUUUUUGAUGAGUCAUUGUGAGGGAAUUCUGGUCAUGACUCUCUCUCUCUAGCUAUUU